AUGAGUGACAAUGAUAUCCUCUUUAGACGUCUGUUCCCAGCCCCGGACAACCCCUACGAACUCUUGGCAACGUCUAACAAGUCAUGUGUGGUGAUGAUUCGCUGUGAGGAUUCCAAUCAGGAAGUUCCCUUUGUCGUACCCGAUACCGAUACCACACCUCGAGUGAGGCUGCCUUUCCCAGCCAGAAGUAUUAGUUGGUAUCCGCUAAGGUCCAAGACCGACAACGCAUCUUUCCUGACAGCAUGCCAGACCCAGCCAUUGCAGUUGUGGGAUCUUGAGGAUGGUGCCCAACGGGCCAGCUACGUCGCCUUUAACGAUAGUGGAAACAAUGCCGAUCCGCAGUGCACGCUUUGGAUAGGAAAGCCACACACCGGGCUUAUUGCGGGAGGGUACGGUGGGUUUGAGGAUAAGCAUCACGUUCGCCUUUAUGAUGUGCUUUAUGAAGGCGACAACGCGGUUCUAAAAUACCGAUCGCGGGUUGGAUCGGCUGUCGGCGGCACGUGUACACUGUCUAACGGACCGUCCCAGCUAGUUCUAGCGAGCUACUUUAAGAGUGAUGUCGUAGAGGCGAUCGACAUACGAAGUGGUACCCUCUCUUUGUUUCUUCGAGGAAUGAGUGGGAGUGGCGCUGCGUGUAUCCGCUCCCACCCCAGCGAUGAAUACCUCGUAUACGUGUCUGGAUAUAAAGGGUCCAAAUUCAUCUAUAAGUGGGACCUCCGGCAGUGUGCCGAACCUCUUUCACUUUUCCAUCGUGAGGCGGGUACCUCUCAGAUUUGCGAUUUUGCAUUUGCGAAAGCGACUGCGCAGAAUUCAUCAAGCGCAGAGUGGUCAUUAACGUCUUCUACUUCCGCUGGGGGACUUUUGGUCUUUCCUGAUGAAGCCGGGACGGACUUUAAAGGUGCGCAGCACGGGUGUCAUCGCUUCAAGGAUCAGCUUGGUCCAACAGGGGGGCUUGCGGCGCUGCCGGAUGGGCGUUUGGUGGUUGCCUUUGGAUCUCGCUCCUACUCUUUUAAGAAAAGAACUUCGGAGAAGCCGCCUCCGGUCGUCCAAGAGAUCCCCAGCCUUUCGAUGAAACCACCAGUCCGGGCAGGCCUGUUGGAUGAGAAGUCCGAUGACGCCACGACGCAGUUGACGUACCCGAUAGGUCAUGGACACCUGCAUACACACGUUUCUGACACCGAUUCUGAGGAUUCAUUUUAUCAGAGAGGUUGGUGCGCGGGGAGGAAGGAAGGUUCGUAUCUCCACGCGGCAAUUGUCCAUCUUUAA